CUACUUGAAAUGUAAAAAUGUUCAAGCCGGAGUUGAAAAGGCAAACUUGGCAGCAACUUUGAAGGCUCACAUAAUUAUGCGCAUUGCAUCGUCACGGAUCCUGGGUCACAUCCUCCUCUAUCACCUGCUCCUGGUCCCGACCAGCCUUUCAGCCACCUACCAGCGACCCUCGAACUGCCAGCAGCAUCAGUCCAGAUCUCAGGAAAUGGAUCAGUCCGAUAAUCUCCCCAUGGGUCUGGGCCACGGCAACUCCAAGCAGACCGCCUCAAACAUUGCCCAGAAGGCCGCCCAGGAGGCCAAGAAGGCGUCGGACACCCAGGCACCUGCCGCUCUGGCCGCCGCCCGCCAGGUGAAACACCAGCUGGCCGAGAAGGCCAUUGCUGCGGCCAAGGCCGCCGAGGCUGCCUUGGCGGGAAAACAGCAGAUCCUGGAGCAGCUGCAGGACGAGGUGCACGAGGCGGAGAUUAUCGUCCAGGAGGAGAGCUACUCGUUGGUCGGCUCACAGGCGAAUCUCAAUGCCGCUGUCGCCACUGCCAAACAGGCUCAAACGCUGUUGCAGACGCUGCAGAGCUCGGUGAAAACCGCCCAGGACGUAGUGAGCAAUGCCGAGGCGGCUGCUUCCGGUGCUCAGCAGGAACUGUGCGAAAAGAACCAACUUGUGGAUACCGCUCGCCAGCGAGCAGAGAUGCUGAUUCAGCAGCUGCGCUCCGCCAAACUGGACUACACCAAUACGAAGAAGGCCGCUUACAGGGCCGCCUGUGCCGCCUCCGAAGCCAGGCAAAAAGCAGUUCGAGAUCGAAGAUCCUCUGGGGAGGAAAUCGGGGGAGCUUCCGGAGACCAACGGCAAAUGGUGCAGGAACAGGAGCACCAGAGGCAGGUGAUAGAACGGGAGCAAACAGUAAAAGGACAACCGGAAGAUUGGGAAUACAACGAGCAGGGUAAAGCUAUAUUUUCUAAUUGAAGACUGAAUUGGAAUAAAUGUUAUUUGGUUAAAGUACA